UUUAAAGACCCUUUAUAAACUGGCAACCAUUGCUCAUCGCCAUUCUGCUCUGAGGGAAAGGGUCACAUUUGAGUGUUCGCCCGGCUCAGCUGUCAAGUGGAGGGACUUCAUACGGACGAGAAAUGAAAAUAUGGACUUCAGAACACAUAUUCAACCAUCGCUGGGAGACUGUUACCAAGGCAGCAAUGCAGAAGUACCCCAACCCCAUGAACCCCAGUGUAGUGGGGGUGGACGUGUUGGACAGACGGGUGGACCAGACGGGUCGUCUCCACAGCAGUAGACUCCUCAGUACAGAAUGGGGCCUACCGUCGUUGGUCAAGUCUAUAAUCGGUGUGACGGGAAGCCGAACAUACGUCCAGGAGCACUCGGUGGUGGACCCCAGAGAGAAGACCUUCGAGCUCAAAUCCACCAACAUCAGCUUCACCCACAUGGUCUCUGUGGACGAGAGGCUGGUUUACCGGCCACACCCGCAGGACCCAGAGAAGACCGUGCUGACGCAAGAGGCCCUGAUCUCGGUGAAGGGAGUGAGUCUCAGCAGCUACCUGGAGGGCCUGAUGGCCAGCACCAUCUCCACCAACGCAGGCAAGGGGCGUGAGGCCAUGGAGUGGGUGAUCCGCCGGCUGAACGCAGAGAUCGAGGACCUGGCGGCCACAGCGAGGGACACACUGCGGGCACCAAUGGCUGCUGCCUCCACUGAGCAGUGACCAAUCGCACGCCUCCCGCUGGGGCCACACCCCCUCCUCCCACCACGGGAGCAGUCAUUGGCUGUCUAUAUUAGAUAUCAGCGCUCAGUUGGGGUCCGAUUCCACACGCUUGUACCCGGGGGUCGUGUCUCAUGUCCGACGUCCUGAAGGAGACUCCAGGAGACGGGCGAGACUUCAUUCAUCCCCUCUGUUAGGUUUCUACCUCCCGGUCACCGCAUCCUCCCUCUGUCUCCACACCGCCGCUGACAGACCUCAACACCGCGGGGAGAGCGGGACGGGGUUGGGACCACCAGCGGGACGGGGUUGGGAACACGAUGUUGAAGUUCACGCUCCGUCUGUGAAAACCGUGCAGCGUCGAGGAAACGGGAUUUUGGACCUGUGGAACUCUGAACAAACAUCUCAGGAUGUGGUUGUGCGUGUGUACGUGCGUGUGUGCGUGUGUACGUGUGUACGUGUGUGCGUGCGUGCGUGUGUGUGUGCGUGUGUGUGUGUGUGUGUGUGUGUGUGUGUGUGUGUGUGUGUGUGUGUGUGUGUGUGUGUGCGCGCGCGUGAGGUUGGGUAGUUUCGUGAACUCAAAGCACUCGAACAGGAUGUCACAUCUCCACACUUGAAUUUCGUGUACUGUAAAUUAUUAUCUCAUAAUUAUUCUCAUCAGUUACAGCAGCUUUACGAACUGAAUGAAGAAGACACGUCAAAGCAGACUCUUCCGCUUAUUUUUUUUAUACUAAAAAAAAAAAACUGAAAUAUACUCUCUGGGCGGUCGUGCAAUCAGUCGAAAUGCAAUGUAGCCAAGCAGUUAUGCCAUCGCAUAAUUUUGGAUGCAAAAGACCAAGGUUAAAAAAAUAAUAAUAAUAUCAAAUGGUGAAGAAUGCUGUAUUUAUUGGGCAAGGCUAGUUAACUAAUGCCUGUGUGUUGCAGUGUACAGUAUGGAGUGGGUUUCAAACGCUUGAAUACACGGCUCCGUCUGAGUCGACUUCUGCAGCUGCCCCUGUGCCAAUUACAGACGCUUCAAUACUCUACUUUCAUGCGGAGUUUUUUUUGUUGGAGAAAUUAUAGUCAUGUUAUGAAGGUAAAGUAAUUGCCAUCACCAUUUCACGCACCUGACCUGAUGGAGAAUUGCCUCGUUUUACCGUGACCUAGCUGUUGCAUUGCAGGGUCAUGAAAGUAUGUAGACUCAAAUCUGUUACACCCGUCGCUGCCGAAAACACCGCGCUACCUGUGCGUCUUUUUGUGUGCGCUUGACUGCCAGGACUUUAAAGAAGGUGAUUUUACUACGUGGCAUUUACUAGAAAAUAAUAAGAUUACCAUAACAGGGGUUUAGUCGUUGCAGUGUCUGUGUUCUGUUGAAAAUUUGUUCGUGUGGUGAAUGUCGGACGCUCUGUAACCGCCGCGUGUGCGGUGGUGUUGUUCGUGACGUUGAAAAUGGUUUGUUUAAAAUGUGUUCUUUUUGAGGCUGACUGAUUGAAUGGGAAAACAGCACUUCCGGUAUGAAUGUCCCUCGCUGCCCCCUGAUUGUUUGAGCACCCACGGCUAGCGUUUCAUUGUGCAUAUUAAAAUACCUCCGGACACAAAGAA